UCUGUGAAACAACACCCUCCCCCUGACAAAAUACAAGAAAGGAAAAAAAACAAAUCCGUCUCGAUGGCUCCCGGGUUCUGCCCGAAUCACCUCCCUCCCUCGCUGAUCAAUGAAUUCCCUUAAAUGACGAUACGCUAAUCUUCUCCAUCUCGUUUUUCGAUCCCCAGCUAUCCAAACGUUCGAAUCUUUCACCGAUUCGGCUGGGGAGGGCGACAAUGGGGUCGAAGAAGAAGGGCUCCAUCACCGAGGAUGAUGUCUCGAUCCUUGUCCAAAGGUACUCUGCGACAUCAAUUCUUGCUCUUCUCCAGGAGAUUUCUCAGUUUGCUGGACCAAAAAUAGACUGGAGUGCACUCGUUAAGAAAACUUCGACUGGGAUCACUAAUCCUCGGGAAUAUCAGAUGCUAUGGCGACAUCUGGCCUACCGUGAUAAACUGCUGGACAAAGUGGAAGACAAGAGUGAACCUUUGGAUGAUGACAGUGAUUUGGAAUUUGAAUUAGAAGCUUUUCCUGCUCCAAGUGCUGAAGCAUUAUCGGAUGCCACAGCAUGUGCUAAGAUUUUGAUCGUGUCGGGCUCUUCACGGGAAUCAGGCCCAACAAAUCGUACAAACCUAGAAGCUCCUUUGACCAGAAACUUACCUGAUGGACAGACACCACAUGACCCAUCAGAUAAACAACAGCUUGCUCAUGCCACCAGUGGAACAAAUGCUGGGGUUUCUCAUUCUGUUCAGAAACAACAACUAGCAACUAAAAGGCCUGCUGAAGUGUCUGAUGGAAAUGGAUCAGCAGGUUCAGGCUUGCCUGCUAAAAAGAAAAGGAAAUUAUGGACUAAAGAGGAGGAUAUGGAAUUAAUAGCUGCUGUGCAGAAGUGUGGGGAAGGGAAUUGGGCGAACAUUCUUAAAGGAGACUUCAAGCACAACAGAACUGCUUCGCAGCUAUCUCAGAGAUGGGCCACAAUUCGGAGGCGCCAGGCCAACUUAUUUGCAGGUUCCGGCAACAAAACAGUCAACUCAACACGGUCUGAGGAGAGGCUGGCAGCACAAAAGGCAUUUUCCUUGGCUCUUGAUAUGCCUAUGACUGGAAGCUUAUCAGCUAUACUAUCAGGUUCUACACAAUCAAACACGCCAGCCAGUUCUGCUACGCUCUCAGCUUCAGCAUCUGAGGCAUUGCCUGCUUCUGCUCCUCUACAAGCUUCCACCCAGACAGCAUCCCAAAAAGUAGCCUCAAACACUUCAAAUAAGCCUCGAACAAUCCCCAAGAAACCAGUGGCCCCUGGCAAGCCGUCUGUAGGUCCCAAUCCUUUGAUACAAGCCGCUGCCUUUGCUGCUGGAGGACGCAUUGCAACUCCGUCCACCGCUGCCUCUUUGUUCAAAGCUGCACAAUCCAAAAGUGCUGUUCAUAUCAGACAUGGGGGAGGUGCUAAUCCAAAAUCUCCAAUUAUGGCAGCUAAAUCAUCACCUGCCACCAACAUGGUGGGAUCACAGCCACCAAGUGUCCGCCAUGCUCAGCUAGCAGUUACCAUGCCUACACCAGCUGUAGCAAGUUCAGUCUUGUCACCGACUCUGCCCAGGCAUGGAAUGCAGCAACUGCAAGGCUCCUCUCAAAGACCUACAAGCAAUCCUCCGACCGGCUGUGCUGCAGUACCAAACUCGUCAGCUCCACCAACAUUGUCAGAAUCCAAGCCAUCUGCUGAUUCACAAGAAAAUGCUGAUAGCAAUAGUGAUAUCGCUUUCCCUGUUAUCGCAACCAUUGACGUUGAUGAGUUGUUGGCUGAAGAGGUUAAAGGUGCAGAUGAGUUGGAAGUGGAUGGUGCUGCAGCACAGAACCAUCAAACAGAAUUGCUGAGCCUGGAUGUGGGUGAGAAUGACAACAACAUUGUCAACAAUGCUGCUUGUGGCAUGCAAAAAGCUGUAGCUGGAGGUAUGGAUAUCUCAAAAUCACAAAUUGAUGAGAAUCAAACUGUCGAUAACAAAGCAGUUCCACCUGACACUGGAACAGCUGAGAGCAAAGCCAGGGAAAUUGAUGUUGGUGGAUCUCAGAUUCCAGUUGAAGAGGGCACUAAAUCGGCCAGUGGGGUGUCCGGCAAGAGCCAAAGCGUGAAUGCUGUGAGUUCUCAGAAUCCAAUUGUGGCCCAAGAGCAGUCGGCUGGUACGGAGGCUGGGGUUGAUGAGGUCAAGCAGAGUUGCAUACAGGUGGAACAGCAUGCAGCAUUAGAGGACAUCGCAUCAAGCAAUAAAUCAUCUGGUGACGACGAGGCUGGAUCAAUUUGUGCAAAACAAGACUAAGUUGGUGAUGGCAAGGGUGGUGGAGAUAGGAUGGACAUCCAAGGGAGGUGUUCCAGUACCAUUUUCGUAUAGCUGGAAAACAUUGAAGAACUUCAGCAUUGUCAUAAGCAAAUAUGAACAAGCUAGCGUAUGCAAGAAGUAGCUUGUCCACUUUUUUUCCUUUUUCUUUUCUGCUGACAAGUUGUCAGGUUUUUGAGCUAAGGGAGAAUCUGAGAUGUUUGGUGUGCAUGCUUCCUGGAUGAUAGAACUGAAUAUCUGAUGCAUGGUCGGGCGGAACCGUUUUGAACCGUCCGGCUCGGGGCAUUUCGAGCCGGCAAACUGGGACAGUCCCGACAAUGAAACUGAGACCAGCGAUGGAGAAGAAAAAAGAGGAAGAGAGAGAAAAAGCGGGAGAGAGAGAGGAAGAAAGAGAGGCCGGAAAGCUUUCACGUGGAGGAGACUGGAGAGCUGCACCUGUUUUAUUUGAAAUAAGGGUCCGGAGGGGUUUUUUUUAUUUUUAAGAAUUUUAAGUAAAAGUUGGUAAAUUCAUGACCGACUUUAUUUAUUUUUCUUUUUUUUUAAUAAAAGGCUCCUCUCUUGGCUCCUAUUUCGAACGGUAGAGCUCCGCUUUCGUGAA